AUGGAGAGUGCAGUGGAUAGUCAGCGGCCCGGAGAAAAACGAGGCCGCCAGUACCAGGUGCCCAAAAGAUAUGAGUUCCAGAAAAGCAUACCAACAAGUCGUGAUUCCUCCGCGCAUACGUCUAUUUUCAAACCGAAUUUUACGCUUAAUAAACUUCGACGCGAGCACUCGACGCAGUCGUUGCAGACGUCGCUCAAGCGAACGCAGUCUCCGUUUCUUGGCUCCAAACAUGACCAUAUGGCGGAGGUGAAACGCCAUAGUUUAUCAGCUGCCUCCGGAGGUGGCCCAGGGUACAGAAACCAUAUAAUCAACGCAUAUAAUGACUCGAAAGUUUUUGAGACUGUUGCUCCAAGACGAACAAACUCUGUCAAUUAUAUUCUUGACACGCGGUCGAAUCAGGAUGCACAGUACAUGCCUCCAGCUCCAGACGAAACUGGGAAAAAAAGCAUACUAAUCAACAGGCCGCCGCCUAAUGAGGUACCGUCAUUCAAUUCGUCAAUCUCAAAGAUAAAUUACUAUCAGAGCGACUUGCAAGGCUCACGCUAUAUAGAGCAAGUGAAAAGACGAGAUUUGAGAGAGGCGAAUUCGACGGACAUCAAGCACAGGCCGAGCUCCACAGACAAUACUACAAAAACAGAUCAGAAAGGAGAGACCACUGAUGAGGAGACGCGUUCAGAGUCGCAGAGUAGCGGGAAGGAUAAUGACGACACAAUCAACCCUUACUUGGAUCCCUUUGAUUCGCACGGGAUCGGGAUGACCGAGUUCUCCACGCCCACGCAAACAGCCCCCAUGCGAACGCAGCAACGACAGCUGGCCAUUAAGGACCUGAUGCAGCAUCAUAGCCUUGCAGGGAGUGCUUGGUUUGAGUUGGGAGUUAAAGACGCUUCCAAAACAGAGGUUUCUGCGGAGCCUGUAGAGCUCAUUAACCAAAAUGUCUGGGCGAACGUCAGUAUCGAUGAAAGAAACAAGUAUGAGCACAUUUCCAACGAUCUUCGGAAACUGGCAUUAUUCAACAAGAAACCCAUGAUGGAUUGCAUAGGACGGUAUUUCGAGUUCAAAAAACAGACACAUAUUAAUACAAAAGUGCGAUCUCGGGCGCUAUCACCACCAAGGGAAACCUCGUACCUUGAUUCUAACGGGCAAUUCCAGAAGGGGGUGGGAAGAGAGCUGGCAGAUGACUUAUGGAACUCAGCAAAUAGCAAUUUUAGAUUCUUCGAUACAUAG